AUGGUAGCAGCAAUAGUCGAUUUCGAAAGGAUGGAGAAGCAGCGUGUCAGAAAACGGCCUCGACUCGCGUGGGAUGUGGGCCCCGCACAACCAGAGGAUCGGGCCCCAGUGGUGGCUCGAAAUGAAGGGAUGGCGGCGGCUAGGCAUGUGUCCCCACCGAAAAGGGAGGAUGACCGUGAAGGACAUUAUAUUUUUAAUCUCGGCGAGAAUAUAACUCCGAGAUAUAAAAUAUUGAGCAAAAUGGGUGAAGGCACUUUUGGGCGAGUUUUGGAAUGUUGGGAUCGCGAAACACGAGAGUAUGUGGCAAUCAAGGUAGUUCGUAGCAUUCGCAAGUAUCGUGAUGCAGCAAUGAUUGAAGUUGAUAUACUUCAGCAUAUUGCCAAGAAUGAAAAAGCCAGCUCACGAUGUGUUAAGAUUCGGAACUGGUUUGAUUAUCGCAAUCACAUUUGUAUUGUAUUUGAGAAGCUUGGACCAAGUUUGUUUGAUUUUCUAAAGAGAAAUAAAUACAGCCCAUUUCCUGUGGAUCUUGUUCGGGAAUUUGGACGUCAGCUUUUGGAAUCUGUAGCAUAUAUGCAUGAUUUACGCUUAAUUCACACUGACCUGAAGCCAGAAAAUAUCCUUCUUGUGUCUUCUGAAUAUAUAAAGCUUCCAGGCUCCAAGAGGAGCUCUUCAGAUGAAAUGCACUUCAGGUGCUUGCCAAAGUCAAGUGCCAUUAAGCUGAUUGAUUUUGGUAGUACUGCAUUUGAUAAUCAGAACCAUAGCUCCAUUGUUUCGACGAGACAUUACAGAGCCCCUGAGGUCAUUCUAGGUCUAGGUUGGACUUAUCCAUGUGACUUGUGGAGCAUUGGUUGUAUACUAGUUGAAUUAUGCUUGGGUGAAGCUUUAUUUCAGACACACGAGAACUUGGAACAUUUAGCUAUGAUGGAGAGGGUAUUGGGACCUCUACCAGAGCACAUGAUUCGAAUGGCCAACCGUGGAGCUGAGAAAUAUUUUCGGAGAGGAUCUAGGCUGAAUUGGCCUGAAGGAGCAGUUUCUAGGGAAAGUAUUAGAGCUGUAAAGAAGCUUGAUCGUCUAAAGGAUAUGAUAUCUCAACAUGUAGACAGCUCAAGAUCUUCACUCAUCGAUCUACUACUUGGUUUGUUAAAAUAUGAUCCAUCUGAACGCCUAACAGCUUGGCAAGCUCUUAAUCAUCCAUUCUUCAAGUAUCCUACUUAA